AUGGGGUUUCGAAUUACAACAUGGAACGUCAACGGGAUUCGAAAUCCGUUCUCUUACGAGCCAUGGAGAGGCAAGCGGACGUUCGAUGCCAUGUUUGACAUCCUCGAGGCCGAUAUUGUCGUCUUCCAGGAAACCAAAAUCCAGCGCAAAGACUUGCGCGAUGACAUGGUCCUAGUGCCUGGUUGGGAUUGUUAUUUUAGUCUGCCUAGAGUCAAGAAAGGUUACUCUGGUGUCGUAAUCUACACACGCAAUUCUACAUGUGCCCCCAUUCGCGCUGAGGAAGGUCUCUCGGGGAUGUUAUGCCCCCCGAACUCAUCGGUGCCCUUUCGGGAACUUCCUGAGAAUCAGCAGAUCGGUGGCUAUCCAACCAUCGAGCAAUUGUCGCAGUUUGAUGUUGAUGCAGCCACGCUAGACUCCGAGGGACGUUGCGUCAUUCUCGAGUUUCCCGCCUUUGUCCUGCUGGGCAUCUAUUCACCGGCCAAUAGGGAUGAGAGCCGCGACUCAUUCCGCCGCAAUUUUAUCGACCUGAUGGACGCGCGGAUCCGUAACCUAGUAGCUAUGGGAAAGAGGGUGUUUGUGACGGGGGACUUGAAUAUCUCGCGAGGAGAGAUCGAUGCAGCUCAUGCCGGGGAGGCUAUCCGAAAAGGGACAUUGACAGAAGACGAGUUCGUAUCCACUCAUGCACGGCGUGUGUUCAAUCAGUUGCUAUCCGAUGGGAAGGUGAUUGGGGAACGGGAAGAAGGAAGAGAACAGCCUGUUCUGCAUGACAUCUGUCGCUCUUUUCAUCCGGACCGCAAGGGAAUGUACACCUGCUGGGAGCAGCGAAUCAAUGCUCGCCCGGGAAAUUAUGGCUCAAGAAUUGACUAUGUCUUGUGCAGCUUGGAUAUGCAAGACUGGUUCUGCGAUUCAAACAUACAAGAAGGACUUAUGGGCUCUGAUCAUUGUCCUGUGUAUGCGACGUUCAAAGAAACCGUACAUCUUGGGGGGAAGCAAGUUAACAUCCGGGACAUCAUGAACCCUCCUGGAAUGUUCGAAAAUGGCGAGCGUCGACAAGAGUAUACGGCGAAGUGUUUACUACCGACUUCGGGUCGCUUGAUACCGGAAUUUGACAAACGAAGGAGCAUCAAAGACAUGUUCACGCGCAGACCCAAUAACGCCCCCCAGAGCUCCCCAACUAGUACCCCCACGCUUUCCCGUGCGAAUUCGGAUCAUGGAGAAUCGAAAGCUGUCAUCGGAAAGCUCUCAACGGAGUCAGUCGCCAACCACGCCGUUCCCAAGAACGAUCCCCAGCCAAAGGGAAUUGUCCGUAAACGGUCCGAGAAGGGCGACUCCCCUGUUAAACGUUCCAAAUCAGUAGCUGGCUUAGCACCCACGCCGGCGGUUGCUGGACAGAGAACGCUCAAGGGAUUCUUCAAGCCGAAGAGUUCCCCAGCCAUACAGAGCCGUGAUCAACCAACGACCGACCUUGAAACAUGUGCCAUGCCACAGCCUGCAUCCCCAUCCAAGAUGAUUUCUUCGGCAGAGUCACAAGCAAUAGACAAGGAGCAAGUUGCGGCGGUCGUGACCACAGACUCCACAAAGGAGACCAAUCCACCGGUGUCAACGACAUCAGACACCCCGACAGAUGAUGACACAUUCGUCGACCCAAUUGCGAGCAAGGAAGAUUGGUCGAAGCUAUUUACCAAAAAGCGCGCACCCCUAUGCGAAGGUCACCAGGAGCCAUGCAUUAGUUUGACAACCAAAAAGCCUGGCGUCAACUGUGGGCGAUCCUUUUGGAUUUGUCCUCGGCCUCUUGGGCCCAGUGGCAACAAGGAGAAAGGAACACAAUGGCGCUGCCCGACAUUUAUUUGGGCAAGUGAUAGGAAUUCUUCGGUGUCAUAG